UACUAAUUGUCUGUCUCGUCGUCACCAUCAUUGAAGAUCUAUUGCACUUUCAUACUAGUGCUUACGCUGGCUGACCUCACUGCAAAAGCACUCCUCUCUAAUUCAACUGCAUCGCCAAUAUCAGGGCAGUGAAUCUACUGGCUAAUCCAAAAGUAAAUGACACAUCUCUCCUCCAUCUGACAUCCCUCCAUAGAGACUCCUCCAUAUCAUCCAAAAUUUUAUCCUGCAUACGUUUGUUGGAUAUCCGAGAUCAUGGCAUCCAUAUUCCCCCUCUUCCCAUCCCUCCCCGCAGAACUCCGCCACCAAAUCUGGCAAGACGCCCUCCCCGACAAAAUCCACCAACCCCUCUACUUCUACAAGAAAGGCUGCUGGACCCCGCGCCUCGUAACAGAAUCAGACCCAGAUUACGACUUCGAAAACCCCCACCUAAACCUAAACUUCGAAUUCCGCCACGAGCUACUAGACGACAUUGAGUUCGAAGUACCUCUCUUCUACGUUAACCGCGAGGCUCGUGGUUUCGCCUUAGCCUGGGUUCGCGAGCAGGGGCUUACUAUACGGUUUCAUAGAGGGAGAGGGUGCGUUGUGUUUGUUCGUGCGUUUGAUCCCAAGCAUGAUACGUUGUAUGUUCCAUUCAAUAAAUGGGACGAAUUCUUCCGCGAGCCGUUUGAUCGAAAUUUUGAACCGGAUCUUAUGGAAAGAAAUGUUAAUCUUCCCGGUCCGGCGUUUACGAGGGUUGCUAUGCCUGAGGCCGUGCUGAGGAGUGAGGAUAACUCGCUAUGUGAGUUUUUUGAUUAUUACGUUAGUGUUCGGGAGGUAUUUGUUAUUGUCGAUGCGCAGCCGGAUUUGGAUAUGCAGCCUGAAGAUGACGGUGGAGAUGACGACAUGAGGUUGCAGCAAAGGUGGGAGAUUGAGAGUGGUGCACUGAGAGCGAGAUUCUUCUGGAAUAAUGACCGUGAGGGAUUUGAGUGGGCAGACAGGGAGGAUUUCGGCGACAAAUCCCUUUGCAAGUUCAUUCAGGAGGCUAGUAAUGAGGUGGGCGAGAAGCUUGUGGAGAACUGGAAGCGCGUGUUUGAGGUCCGGCCUGUCUUUGCUGUUAGGAAAUGAGGGUGUGUUGUCUCAUCUGACUUUCUGUACGGUUCCAACGCUAUGUGCCAGUGUCUACUCCUCAAAACAUACGGGCCGGUGGCCAAUUUAUGCCGCAAGUAUAGCAGACAUUCUCUCCAUAGACCAUUUACCCAAUCACAUUCUACAAUCAACUAGUCAUCUACUAGC